AUACGUAACAAUCAUAUGUGUUGGAAGGGAUGAAAUCGAAACAAGAGUUCAACAUAAAUACGGAGAAUCAAUAGUGAACAUCUAUCAGUUGAAAUCAACAGUACUACCGAGCACACACAGAAAAACUCAAAAAAAUCAAAUAAAAUGGCCGCCAAGAUGAUCAUAUUCGCCGCUUGCGUGGCUUCCGCUCUCGCCCAAUACUCCGCUCCAGCUUACAAGCCAGCGUACUCAGCGCCCGCUUACUCCGCACCAAAGGCUUACGCCCCAGAGCCCGCAUACCCACCAACCCCGUACAACUUCGAAUACAGCGUAAACGACCCACACACCUACGACGUACACAGCCAAUCCGAAUACAGCGACGGCAACGGCAACGUCAAGGGAACUUACAGCCUUUUGGAAGCCGAUGGUUCCACCCGCGUCGUCGACUACACCGCUGACUCCUACGGUUUCAACGCUGAAGUCAAGAAAAUCGACGGAGGAUACAAGGCCACAUACAGCGCACCAGCCUACAAGCCAGCUUACUCUGCACCAGCUUACUCUGCACCAGCCUACGCUGCACCAGCUUACCCAGCACCCGCAUACUCUGCACCAGCCUACAAACCAGCCCCGUACAAGGCAUACUAACAAGUCUUAAUCCAUUCUCGAGCUACGCCGCCGUUUAAGACAACCAUCUCACGGUCAUGUUUGUAAUAACAUCUUCAUUACCUGUCCAUAAACCAUAUUUAUGUCAUCGUUGUAUUUAUUUUGUAAAUAAAUAGUGAAUUAAAUAACAUCAAA